CGUCAAACCAGCUCACGAUAAAUCCUCCUGCUCUAGACGAACUGACGAUAUCAAUACCCGCUUUCGCUGCUUUAAACCGAAGUUUCUCGGUUUUCAUCUUCAAUAUGGCUACUGAUCCAGACGGAGACUCCCAAAUGGCUUCUUCCCCCGAAUCCUCCCACAUGCACUCCGAAGACUCCCCAGUCGGAGCUCGUACCCCUACGAACAUUCGUAGCGCCACCUCCCAGUUCCCAGGCACCUCAGAGCUCUCUCCGCCCGGGUCGCAGACACAAUCUGUAUCAGCUGAUGUUGGGGGGCUCGCUGGACUGGGGAAUACUAACGCGUCUGGAGGCUCCGCGGAGACGACAUCCGCUCAACAGCAACAGCAACCGGGGGCAUCGUGGAAUAACAAACGGGCGGAGGAGGAGUACCACCGGGCAAUGGAAUUUGUGAUUGAUCAGGACUUCAACCUAGACGAGUUCGGGGACCCAUUUGAUGACAGGGAUAUGGAGGAGAAAUUAUUCUAGAGAUAUGGGCUACAGGUAAACAUGGUGUUCAGGGUGCUUUUGUGUUCUUCGGUGCUUCUUUUCUCGGGGGAUUUGAGUGUGAUUCCUGGUUUGAGACAUGAAUGAUUUAUGAGAUAUGAUUGUCGAAUUUGAGGGGGUUUUCUGAGGAUAUAGCUGGAAUGAGACAGGCGAUGAAGUCUAAAGCAUUUUAUGAUUUAUAGACAUCUACUAGGAGAAGAAAAGUGAGAUCUGGAAUUGCAGUCGAUCCAAGUUGAAGAAGUUGGAGGUGGUGAUGGUCAUUCAAGGUGUAAGUAAGACAAAGAUGCAACAUCCAACGGCGAUCUACGGAGUAAACAUGGAUCAUUAUAUCAUAGACAUUUUAAGUUAGCCCACAUAGCAA